GUGAUAGAUGGCUGGACAUUCGUAAAUCGCCUUGGCCCCGUGCCCAUUCUCUUAAGAGGGUACCUCCCUCUCUUAGUUCAUAUACUGCGCGUGCAGGAUUACAGUUCGCGUCGAUUGAUCUACAAACACUAUACUGAAUCAGCUCAACGUUAAAAUCCUUCCCUUCUAUCAAUUUGUGACCGAUUCAAGAUGGCCGAGAUUGUACAAUUUCCAGGAGUUGCCAACGGGAUCAAUAAGAAUGAUCUUUUCAAGUAUUUGGUCAAUCUUCAUGUCCACUUGAAGUCAACACCUGAGGCUGACUUGGCGUUGUACCUUGGACAAUUGACCGAAGUCAUUGAGUAUUUCAAGGUUGAGACUCCCACCAGACCCAAAGCAAAAGUGGUGGAGCCGGAUGCUGAGAGACGAGAGGAAAAGCUUUCCUCCAAUAUUUAUAAACUAGUGUCUAGGAAUCUCAUGAUCAUCUUCACGAGCUUGACCAACAAGGUCCACGACUUCACUAACAACUUGUUGAACCACUUGCAGGUGAGCGAGUCUGGAGAACUUCCUCCAAUCUCCAAAAUCUCCAUCAAAAUACUCAUCGACUUAUUUGACACGUUUCCUAACUCGUUGGGUUCAAUUGUGAACUUUUCCGCCAACCAGAUAUAUAAGAUCUUAAAAAAGUCUCCUACCAUAGACAGCUCGUUGGUAUACUUGUUGAACUCAAUUACAAAGAAUGCAACCAAAUUGGAUAUCGAUGAGAAAUUCCAAGCCAAACUCAUGAAGAUCAUUACGAAGAAUAUUGUACAACCUCAAAUCUCUUUUGAGUUGUAUCUGGAUUCCAAAUCCUCCGAAGAAACUGCUACCACUAUAUUGCUAAAGAAAAGCUACAUUUUGGUUUAUAAAAAUUUGCUCCUCUUAGCAGUUUCAACAAACUACGAGAAUUUGUUAGCAUUAUCAACGUCUUCGAGCUCUGCUGGGUCUAAGAUGAAACCAGAAACUAUAAUGGUGCAGCAGAAUCAAUUUCAAGUCUCUCUUUUGGCCUCCAAUGAAAAGACAUUUCAUUUUUGCUUGUCUAAUCCCAAUAAAGAAAUCAGAGUUGCGGCUAUAGAGUUAUUAUCGCACUUGUUAAUCAAUUUGGUUCCUACAGGCAAAUUCAGUCCUAUAGAAUAUUUGAUUAACCAGUAUAAUCUUCCAAGCGCCAAUUGUUGGGAUUCCUCAUUAACCACGAUCAUUGACUUUGAUAAUGAUUCAUUGUCGAUUGAUAUCAGAAAAGAGAAGAAUACUCUUCUGGGGCAUGAUAGUAUAAGUCAAAUUAACCAGGCUACCGAAUUGUUGUUAUCACAAACUAGCAUUGUUGAAACCUUCAUUUUAUAUCUUCAACUUGAACAAUUCCAAAACUCAGAAUAUCUCUCUACCAAUUUAACAUUUAUUCUUGAUUCUGUUUUAUCCAAAUUUGGUGAGUUAAAUCAAGCAAAGAAUCAUAUUCAAAAUCAACAUUGGGAUAAAGUAUUGAUCCACUGGAGCUCUGCCAUCGAUUUCAUCAUUAAGGAAAUUGGCUCCACAUGCUAUGAGGUGCUUACGAGCUAUGUGUACACCAAGUUCAACUUGGAUUACAGCAGUGAAAAAUCGUCAAUGGAUACUGAAUUCACCGCGAGCAGACCAACGACAAGUCUGAGAAAGAGAGAAUCAAUGUUGUUUGGAUUUAGAGGCAAGAGUAGCUCGAAGAGUAAGGCUAAGGAUGCUAAAUUAAAAGAAAUUAGGCCUUACCAUAAUUCAUCUCAAUCAUUUCUUUUGUUAUAUAUUUUUGAAGUUUUGAUUCCUUUUGGUAUUAAUUUUAACUCAGUCAUACAAUCCAAAUCAAAGGAUUCUCAGGAGAAAACUAUCCAAGAUAGGGCAAUUGAAGAGGAAGAAAGCGAGGAUUCAAAGACGCAAGAAAACUCAUUUAUCAGGGAUAUUCUAUUCAAGUUGAUCGUGAAUGAAAAUGAUUAUACACGGAACUACGCCUUGAAGGCAUUGUUACUUUAUGCAAAGGUAAAUGAGGUUGAGAUAAACUUGAUAGUUCUACAUGCGUUCAAGAUGGUUAACUUGGAGUAUAAAGCCAGUGAUUCGAAAGAUGGAAAGUCAAACACAUCCACAUCCGAGGAGAACAUCUGCAAUUCCACCCCAACAAAGUUAAUUAGCUACUCAUUAGUAUUGCUGUCACUCAUUAAGCAAACUGAUUCAAUUCUUCUUCAAAACUCAACUAUUGUCAAAAUCUUAAGUUUUUGUACCCAAAACUUGAAACAUAACAAUAAUAGUAACUACACAAAUUCUCUCAAGAAUUCUGCUUGUUGGGUCAUUUUGUCAUCGUUGGUCACAUACUACAAUGACUCUGAGUUCGUUAAAUUGAAUUCAUCUCAAUUUCUUGUGUUUUGGAAGAGUCUUUUGACCUCGCAAUUCAUUAGUACAUCUUUGACAGCAGAUUCUCAGGAAAGUCAAAGUAACGAAAUUAUUGAUAAUUUGAAAUUGCGGAAUUUCAGCUUAGUGUGUUUAUUGAAUUACGUGGAAUCAGUGGAUUUGUCACCAGAGUCUCUCAAGCAGAUUCAAUUCUUAUUGACAAAGUCUUAUAAUUACCUCACGUACUUGGAGAGUAAUAUUCCAAAUGUCGGUUCUUACACAAAUUUGAAUAAUCAACUGUUCAACGAAGUGGACUAUAAUCCAAAUUUGCUCAAUAACAUCCAUUUUAUGAAUUCUACUUCAUUCAAGUUAUCCCUGGAUAGAAUAAUGAUCAGUUUGAUCCUUUACAGUAAAAAGAUUAUCUUGCAAAGUUUUACUAAGUUGGCAGCAUUAUUGAAGAAUGAUAUUAACUCAAAUAUGAUGAUAUUCCUAAUCAAGACAUUCAGCGAUUCCAAAAUAUUUAGUCGGAUUUUGGGCAAUGAGUCUUCUGAAAAGUCAAAGUCUAAAGCUUCAACUUCUGCUGCAUCCCACUUAGUCGAUUAUGAUCAUGAUACGAUUUUAGUUGGUGAAGACUACAACUACUCAUUUGGUAUUACUAGUAAGUAUCAAGGAGUUUCUGCGAACAUUGAUGAAUUAUUGAUUAAGAAUGGUCCAAAAGAUCACGACUCUUCAAUUGUCUUCAGUUCGCCCAACUAUCAAGAUCUGGUAACUCAGGAACUCAAGUUCAAGGAUACUUUUGCAUCAAAAGAGGGGAAUUCAUCCAACAUUAGACCAAUUGAAUCUCAUUUGGAAGACGAUUUUCAUACUUGGAUUGAUCUUUUUGAGAAGCUUGUUUUCAAAUCUGUGGGACAUAGUAUUAACUACGAUCCCAACAUUUAUUUAACACAAAGAUACUCUGUACAUGAGGAAUUUUCCCCCCCGAUAUUCACAUCGUUAGUGGAUUUGUCUAUUGAGCUUUUCCAACUCGUCUUUCCAAAUUUAAGUUUACAAAUCCAGUCCUCUUUGUUGGAGCAAAUGAGAAAUUCUUUAACCACUAAGGCAGUUGAUCCCUUAAGAUUAAAGGCAGUAAAGGUCAAUGUGUCAAUAGCUCUACAUGGACUUGUUAAUAACGCUAUCAAGAGAAAGUUGACUCUUGAUGCUCAGGUUGUGAAGAUCAUAGGAGAUAUUUUAUCCAAAAUUGAGACCAACAACCAACAUUUGAUUACUAUCAAUUCAGAUACAAUCGGCCUCGCUGGCUUAUUGGUGUCCAAAUCUACUGUGAACGAAUUAAUCAGCAAGUACGUUAAUGAGAUCGUUAAUGAUUCUAACCCUUAUAAGAGAGGAUUUUCUAUAAUCACGUUGGCACGACUUUACGAAAAGACCAAGUUCGGAUACCACGAUACCUAUAACGUUAUUUUACAAUUAUUGAAUGAUCCGAAUCCUAUUGUCUACUAUUACUCAUUGGAGGCUAUUAUUAUUCUUUUUGAAACCAAUGUUGAUAGUGUGAAUUACAUACCAGAGAUUUUGACAAAGGUUUAUGAAAACUACUUGAGUGAGAAUUUUGGUUAUGAUAUCAGCAACAAAACUUUAAUCAAUUUGAAAACGAAAUAUAAUUCUAUUGGAUUGAUUACCCGUCUUUUAAAGGUUCUUGUCACAUCACUUGGACCAAGAUUGACUGAAUUGGCCGAAGAUCAAAAACUGAAGAUCAAAAACUUGAUUAUUGCAUUGAGUCAUGGAAUUGGGUUGGCUACUAUUAAUGACUACACAGAUGUCUACAAGUACUUGCUUGCGCUUUUCCAAGAAUUGAUAAUUUUCGAUCCAAAGUUGAUCGAAGAUGAAGUUUCCUUUUUUACUGAGUUGUUGAACUUGAUCAUAUCAAAGAAUCUUAAAGUAGGCUUGGUGUCUCCCUCGCCUACAUCGAUAGCAAAGGAUUCAAUUUUUCCAUUCACGACUAGUACUGAUUUGUAUGAGGCAUCUUACGCAUGUUACGUGGAACUAAUUAAGAUUUACGGGGUAAAGAUUGUGGAUAAGGAGACUAUUAGCUUGUUAUGGAUAUCUAUGAACCUUAAGCCAUGCAAGGAAUUGAAGCAAUUCAUCACCCUUUGGUUAGAGUCUAGUUUAGAAAUGAACUGGUUCUCCAUCUUGAGUUCCUUGUUUAAACUCAGUUCAAAGAAGUUGCUAGGUCCAUUUAUUGAGGGUAAUUAUCAACAGAAGCUCUUGCCGUUGCAACAAAGGCAGAAGAAGAAGCAGCUGAAUAAACUCGAAUUUAAGGACGAAGAAAUUGAGAAUAUUGUGGGUGGCGACGAUGAAUCAAUGGAUAAGAAUGAACCAAUAACUUGGGAAUUCAAACUAUACAUAUAUGAUUUAUUGAAUCAUCUAUUAGAUUUGGCGUCUUCUAAUGGGAGAUUGCUUGAAAGCUUGAAGGACAAAAUCCAGGAAAUUGUCAAGAUUUCGUUCUUGGGAUCCACCUCUCCCAUUUCUUCAAUUAAGUUGGGGGGCAUUCACUUGCUUGAUAAAGUAUUAAGGUUGUUUGGGCAUAUGGCCGAUCCCUUAUACCCAGGAGUUUCCAUUCUUGAACAACAGCAGGCACAAAUCAUUAGUGCAUUGAUACCUUGUUUCAAUAGUGACAACGAUUCCAAAGUUAUUGUGAACACCAUCAACGUAUCUUCCAAGUUUAUCAAUCUACCUAGAAUCAAAUUUUACUCAAAACAAAGAAUUCUCAAGACUUUGAUUUAUUUAUUGGAAGAAAUCUCGGCCAAUAAGUUCUUGAAAUUCGGGUUCUUAGAGAAUAUGUCCGAGUAUGGAAGGAAAUCAAUUCAACUUUCUAUUUUGAAUUGUUGGGCUUUGCUUAAAAUAGAUGCGGAGGAGGAUCAAGAGACUACAGAGCCAGAACUUAUAGAAACGUUGGAGAAGUAUUCAACCUUGUUGACGUCACUUUGGAUCUUAGUUUUGAGAGACUAUUCUACCUUGAAAUUUAAUGAUACUUCCAACAGAGAGUUGAUUACUUAUGGUAAUUAUUGGAUCAAUUUUAUCAGCGUUCUCAGUAUCCAAUUGGAGCGUAACCCUCAAUUUAUUGACGAGUACUUAGGGGGUGAUGGAGAAAACUUUUUCUUCGUAUUAUUCAGUCAAUGUGUUGAAUCCCUCAUCAAGAAUAAAAGUGUUCCUGAGAUUUUGAACUCAUUGAAGAGAUUGGUCAAGAUUUCGGCGUUAGUCUCAUUGUUAUUUCACGAUGAUAUAUUCGGGGAGAUCAUUGAUUUGUUUGAUCGUUUAAUAUUGAUCGAUGACAACACUGAAGUUCAAUGCGAAUUGGUUGAGAUUGUCAGCACCAUCUCAAAUACAUAUGUCACAAAUGCUACUGGAGAAGUAUCUUUGGAAAAGGUGGAGAAUGGCUUCGACAAAUUGUUUGAAUUAAUUAGGGUGGAAAUGUUGCCCUUGUUCAAUAUUCUUCCGUUCUUGAGAACGGACUUUGAUCCUUCGAGUGAGACACAGAAGCUCACUCUCAGAUCUUGUGAUAGUGCUCCUAGCUUGUUAAUUUUGAAGAAAACAUUAGAAAAGUUGGUCGAGAUGAUGGCUAUGUUCCCUGUUGUUGUCAAGGUGGACUUAUAUUCAUGUUUAUUAUUUAUGUUUUCCAAGAUUUAUGAGUUCAAGAAUGAACUAUUGAUUUCAGUUAUAUUGCCUCACUUGAAGCAAGUCCUCAGCGAGUCAAGUCAAUUUGAGAAUAAUCUUGUCCAAAACUUCAAUGACAUAAUCCGUUCACAUUACUCCAUAAGCAAAGAACUCAAAUACUCUGUGAUCACAUCAAUGGUUUUGAUCACCAGUGGAAAUAUUCAGUUAAGUCAAAAAGACUCGGAAGAUCUUGGUAAAGCGUUGAUUGGAUUGCUUGGGGACAAGGAGUCUGCCAACAUGGCAAUUCAAUGUAUUAAGUCUUUGAACCAGUACUCAUCAAAAAUACAAAAGCCUUUAUUGGUAAUGAAGUACUUGGUCUCGGACUUAAUGACUAUGCUUUCAAGCGAGGAGUCUCUAGAAAUCGAUCCAAAAAUCUCAUUUGAAAUAUUGAUAUCAUUCAGCCGAGUGUUGACCGAUGACGCCAAAUUGGUGGCGUUGUACUCUGUCUUGAUCCCAUUGUUAAUUAGGUACAAUGAUGCUAGCAAGCUAAGCAAGAACUACUUGCACGAGAAGUUGUUAUACUUGGUGCAAUACAGUCCUCUGAGCUUCAAGAUUGUUGUCAAUGGAAAGUUAAGUGAUGGACAACGAGUAUUAACUGAGGAGUUGGUGAAGAUGCAAGAGACUAAGGAGGAAGUUAACAAGGAGGAAAUCGAGUUGAAGAGAUUCAACGAAAGUUAGAGAACUCCUGUUGCUCAUAUAUAGUGCUUAUUGUAUUAAACUAAUGUACAAUUAGCUUUCAAUAGAUAUUCGUAAUGUAUGUUUCCUGUA